CUUUCAGACGCCUCUUUAUUCGCGAUGCUGGAGGGAUCGAUGCAUGGAUGCAACCCCGCGAGAAUGCGCGCAAAGCGACCACAUCGUGCAGGAUGCCGACAAGAUGCAGCACUCCGGUUGGCCCACCGUAGGUGUAGAGCCAGGGAUGCAUUGAUACGCUAUGCCGGCGCAGGCAUCACCCGGUCCACUGGAUCGCGAUGUACCGCCUUUGGUCCUCGCCAUCAUUCAGCCUCUCCGUCUCCCGCGCCAAGAGAACCUCUUCCCUUUCUCUAGCAACCACUACACCAUAACGGCAGCGCGCAUCCUUCGCACGUUCGUGACUGAUUCAUCCCCCCGAAGGCCAGCAUAACCAUUUCAAACACUGCACCGGCCGCCUGCACUGCCACCUAAAAUCGACACCAUGUCUUCCGACGACUCUUUCAUUCACGCCUGCGCAGGCGGAGCAGGUGGCGUGAUUGCCAUGACUGCUACCUACCCUCUCAUGUCCAUCAGCAUGAGAGCUGCUGUGCAAAGCAGCAAGCAUCCCGAGGAGUCGAUGGUCACUGCAGCUGCGAAAAUCAUCCAAAAGGAGGGCAUCACUGGACUGUACUCCGGCUUGAACUCUUCCCUGAUUGGUGUCGGAGUGUCAAACUUCAUCUACUACUUCUUCUUCGAGAAGACGCGUGAUGCUAUUUUGGUGUCCAAGCAGCGAGUGGUCGCUGCGAACACAUCGAACCCAGCAGCUGCCAUUGCUGCUGGAGGCGCGCUCUCCACUCUCGAAAGCAUGCUCGCUGGUUUCAUUGCUGGCUCCGCUACAACCAUCGCGACGAACCCUAUCUGGGUGAUCAACACACGUCAGACCGUACGGACGGACUCGGAAGAGGCCAAGAAAGCUCCUGGUCAGGUUGUGCAAAAGCAGAAUGGACAAGCGCCGGUGAAGAAGAUGGGCUUUAUUCAGACGGCUAACCACGUCCUCAAGACUGACGGCCUCGCGGCUUUCUGGAGAGGUCUGGGACCAGCUCUAGUGCUCGUCAUCAACCCAAUCUUGCAGUACACUGCCUUUGAGCAGCUGAAGAAUUGGCUCGUGAAGUCCAGACUUGCGCGUCUUCCCGAGGCACAGCGUGGACUCGGCGUAACCCUUUCAGACUUGGACUUUUUCCUUCUCGGUGCCUUGUCCAAGCUCUUUGCGACAGGACUGACGUAUCCACAAAUCGUCAUCAAGAGCAGGCAACAGAGCGGAGGCAAAGGCUCUUCAAACGUCUGGACUGCCAUGACGGAGAUUGUCCAGAGAGAAGGCAUUGCUGGACUCUACAGGGGUAUCGCUUCCAAGCUGCUUCAGAGCGUCGCUACUGCCGGUAUCCUCUUCGCUUCGAAGGAGCAGGUCUUCAGAAGUGUGAAGCUUUUGUUGGCUGCGGAUGCCAAGAAGUGAUCAGCUUCUCCUGUGUAAACACUUCGCAGCCCUGGAAUGUCUCCAUUGCGCUUGCUAUGCGCACUCGCAAAUGUCACAUAUCGAUGCAAUUGAUACAUCGGGAAGCCCGUCUCGGGCACUCGACGCGGAAAUGUACCGCCGCGAGUCAAGAUUGAGGAAACGAAAGCAGUUUUAGCGAGCUCGAUCAGCAACAUCAUGCUGCGCAAUCACGAAUCCUUUGCCAGCCAAAACGAGAGGCCAAGCGCUUGCUUACUGGAGGCUCUGAACCUCGCCGAGGGAGACUUUGAUGACGUGGUAGAGCGUAGCGAUGGACGAAUUGAAGACUGAGAACAGCAAACGGCAUGU